AUGAAGGCCGCCUUCGAUAAACCAUUCUCUCACAGCCGUAGCCUCUCCGUGCCGGCCCCAGCAACACCUCCCCCAGAGGGACUCGGUCUCAACCUGCUCGGCUUUGACACCUUCAAGGCCAACCUCGAGCUCCCUCAUACCCCCAUCACACCUCCCCCCGAGUACCAGGAACACUCCUUCUCGCACAACAAUGACAAGGUCGCCGACCUCUCGCCCAUAGUCAGUCCCGAUGACCACCCCCUUGUGGCCGUCAUCGGCGUUGGCUACGUCGGCACCCACCUGGUCGACUCCUUCUCCGCCCACUACGACGUCCUCGGCUUCGACGUCUCCGAGAAGAGGGUCCGCGAGGUCCGCGCGGAGCUCCCCGGCGACCGCAUCCGCUUCACCACCUGCAAGACGGACCUCCACGAGGCCACCCACUUCCUCAUCUCCGUGCCGACCCUGCUCAAGGCCGACAAGAGCAUAGACACCUCGUACCUCCGGAGCGCCAUCGACACCGUCGCCCAGCACGCCAGGCCGGGCUCCACCGUCGUCAUCGAGAGCUCCGUCGCCGUCGGCAUGACCCGCGACCUCCUCGGGCCCGUCGCCGUCUCCCGCGGCUUCUACGCCGGCAUGUCCCCCGAGCGCGUCGACCCGGGCCGCGUCGAGCCGCCCUGCCACGCCAUCCCCAAGAUUGUCUCGGGCCUCGACGACCGCGUCCCCGGCUCCCUGGCCUCCGUCAUGCGCCUCUACAACCGCGUCUUCGACCGCCUCGUCCCCGUCAGCCGCACCGAGGUCGCCGAGAUGAUGAAGCUGUACGAGAACUGCCAGCGGAUGAUGUGCAUUGCCUUCGCCAACGAGAUGGCCGACGCCUGCGUCCCGCACGGCAUCGACCCCUACGAGGUCGCUGCCGCCGCCGCCUCCAAGCCCUUUGGCUACAUGCCCUUCUCGCCCUCGCUCGGCGUCGGCGGCCACUGCAUCCCCGUCAAUCCUUACUACCUCCUUUCGAACAGUGCUUUCCCGUUGCUCGAGGCGGCCGCCGAGAAGAUGGCCGCCCGGCCCGCCGUUAUCGCCCGCCGCGCCAUCGACUCGCUGACGAGGGUCGCCAAGGCCGGGGCCGCCACGGCAGCCCCGCUGGUCCGCCCGCGCCUGCUCGUCGUCGGCGUCGGCUUCAAAGCCGGGCAGUCCGUCCUCAGCAACUCGCCGGGCGUCGAGCUCGUGCGGGCCCUCGUCCAGUCAGGCGAGGUCGACGUCAUGUUCGCGGACCCGCUGGUGAAGCAGAGCGCCGUGCCGGCGGCGCCGCGGUUGGCCGACGAGAAGUGGAACCGCGAGACGCUCGAGACGUUUGACAUGAUCAUCGUCUCGUUCCGGCAACACGGGCUGGAUUUUGGCGUCUUGGGAGAGCUCCGCGGCGUCAAGGUGGAGAUGUGGUGCCCAUGA